AUGGCCAAGCUGCUAAGCAUGAUCAAACUACUUGUGCGGUUGUCUUUCAUAUUCUUAGUCGUGCCAUGCUUAUGUUGUCCUGCUUAUCAGAAACAAUCCCUUCUCCACUUCAAAUCCUCCUUGCUCAACAACUACCACACCUCAAACUCGUCGUCCUUUGGUUUGGAGUCAUGGGACUCCAUUUCUGACUGUUGUAAGUGGACUAGAGUUGUUUGCAGUUCUUAUUCUCGUGACAUAACAGCUCUGCACCUUGGCGAUCUACAUAUGCAUGGUGAAUACAGCCCAGUGGACAUACGAAUCUUGGACCCCAUUUUUGACAUUAGAUCCUUAAGGUUUCUUAAUAUCUCUCACACUGGGAUAGAAGGUGAAAUUUCUGGUGAAGGGUUGGCAAAUCUCACAAAACUAACUUACCUCGACAUGAGUCAGAAUGGUCUUAAUGGCUCAAUCCCAGCUCAACUCUUCCAGUUGCGGUUUCUGCAGUCUCUUGAUUUGAGUGAUAACUCAUUAAAGGAUGGUUUAAGUAGAGAAAUUGGCAAGCUUGAAAAUCUAAGGUCAUUGAAGUUGGAUCGGAAUUCUAUUGAUGGAAAUAUCCCUGUCCAGAUAGGAAACCUCACCAGAUUGCAGAAAUUUUCUGUCAGCCGCAACAAACUUUUGGGUCCGAUUCCAGAUUCCAUUCUCAAUUUGAAAGGAUUGGAAAAAUUGGACGUGAGUAAUAAUUAUUUGGAGAUGCAUAUUCCGAAUGGGAUUGGAACCUUGUUUCACAUUUCCAUUUUGGAAUUGAGUGGGAAUAGUAUCACAGGAUUAAUUCCACCAUCAAUACGGAACUUGAGCAAAUUGGAAACCCUUCAGCUGGAAGAUAACAUGCUUUCAGGAGAAAUUCCCUCCUGGUUAUUUGACAUCGAGAGUUUGAAGAAUUUGUAUCUUGGACGAAACAAAUUCAUUUGGAAUAACAACGUCAAAAUAGUUCCCAAGUGUAUGCUUUCACAACUCUCUCUGAAAUCAUGUAAAAUUUCUGCAGACCUUCCGGAAUGGAUUUCCACUCAAAAGAAUCUUAAUUUACUCGAACUGAGUGAUAAUCAGCUCACAGGAAACUUCCCACUUUGGAUUGCAGAGAUGGAAAUCGAAAGUCUACUACUGGCACGGAACAAACUAACUGGGUCAAUACCUUUCCCCCUUUUUCAGUCUCACAAUUUAUCCGUAUUGGAUCUUUCAAGAAACAACUUUUCAGGGGAGUUGCCACAAAAUAUUGGUCAUGCUUUGAAGAUGACGGUACUGAUGCUUUCUAGAAACAAUUUUUCAGGGUCGAUCCCCAAAUCCAUUGUAGAUAUCCCUUCACUAAUUCUGCUAGACUUGUCAAGAAACAGACUCUCUGGCAACACACUCCCGGUUUUUGGUCCUUAUUGGUCACCAGCAUAUGUUGAUCUCUCCUCUAAUGAACUAUCCGGUGACAUUCCUGUGUCAUAUUUCAGUAGAAUUAGUAUUCUUGCACUAGGGAAAAAUAAGUUCUCUGGAAGCUUACCUAGGAACCUCACAAAUGUUCAAAUUACUGAAUAUCUUGAUCUACAUGACAACAAUAUUACAGGUUAUUUUCCAGAUUUUAUUUCACAGUUCUCCAACCUUCAGGUUCUGAGUUUACGUAACAACUCGCUACAUGGCUCAUUGCCAUCCAACUCUUUCUACAACGGAAGAAGCCUCCAAAUUCUUGAUCUCUCAAGUAAUAAUCUUGUUGGAAGUAUCCCUUCUGAGUUGGGAAAUCUGUCGGGAAUGAGUGGAAUCGAUGAAGUAUAUUCAGUAUCCGAUAGUAUAGGUGAAAUAGAGUUGAACUGGAUCGAGGCCACAGUUUCAUUAUUCAGUGGCAUGUACACCAUUGAAAUCGAGAUGAAUGAUUUAACAGUGAACUGGAAGAAUGCGAUGCAAGGUCUCUCAAGUCAUAACCGACGUAUUUAUACUUUACUAGACUUGUCGAACAAUAAGUUUUCAGGUGAUGUUCCAGAUUCAUUAGGAAACCUCAAAGGACUGAAGCUACUCAACCUCUCCUACAAUAAACUCUCAGGAUAUAUACCACAAAGUUUUGGAGAUCUACAAAGUAUAGAGACAUUGGACCUUUCUAACAACAAUAUCUCUGGUACAAUUCCACAAUCAUUCAGUAAGCUAAAACAACUGUCUGUGCUAGAUGUGAGCAACAACAAGCUAAGUGGCAAAAUCCCACGAGGAGGACAAAUGGACACAAUAAAUGAUCUGAGUUAUUUUGCUAACAACAGUGGACUGUGUGGGAUGCAAAUCAAGGUCAAAUGUUCCGAAGAUGAGCCAACACCAGACGAUGUGCAAGAAGAGGAUGAUGAUGUUGAACAAGAGCCAUGGUUCCUGUGGACAGGAGCGUGGAUUGGAUUCCCCCUUGGCUUCAUUUCAUCAGUAUUAACAGCCUUUCUUAGUGGGUAUUUUGUUAUACCAACACCAAAAUACCACUCAAUUCACUAUAGGCACUGA